CGGCGGCAAUUAAUGCUUAGUCCUGCAGUAUUCGAGGUGAGUAUCCUAGGAGGAUCUCUCAUUCUGCCCAUAACGGCUCUUUGUGUCAGGCGUCCUAGUACCUGUCAUGUCCUAGUAUGGCCGCUUUCCUUUCUCUGUUUCCUAUGCGCUACGCUCCCCCAGACGUACUCUUGGGCCCUUUGGACGGGCCUUACCCUUUUGGGCUCCUAAGCCCAAUGCUGCUCAGCUAUGGCCCAACAGUUGGUCACUGAGAUUACAAAAACUGUUCAAGUUUGGUCACUCGAAAUAUUUAAAUUCGUUGGUGGUACUUCAGUUUACUGAAACCGUUCACGUUAGGGAUGGCAAUUACCACCCAUGGGUAAUUAUACCCAAACCCAAGUAGACCCAUUGAUAAUGGGUUGGGUAUGGGUGAAGUGCAUAUGGAUUUGGGGGUUUAUAGAUGAGUUUGGGUAAGGUAUGAAUAUUGCUUAUUUGUUUCUAUAAUCUAAAUGGGUAUGAGUUGGAUAUGAAUAUCCAUUUACUUGAUGGUGUUUUAACUACACAUACAAAAUUGGACCUAUUUGUAAAACUUGAAAAGUUUAGGUACCAAAUUGUAAGACCAAAAUAAUUUAGGUACCGAAACAUAAUUUUCCAUCGAUAUUUUGAGGACUUCUAUGCAAACAAAUUAAAUUUAGGUACUAAAUAUGCAUAUCUAUUAAGUUUGGGUACCAAACUGUAAUUUGUAUUUGGGCAUGGGUACAAACCCAAAUCCAUUUGUUAUCAACCCAACCGAACCCAAAAAUAAAUGAAUAUGGGUACAAACCCAUCAAACUCUAUCCAUAUCCAACUAUUUGGAUUUCAUACCAAACCCAAUUGGGUUGGAUAGUUAAAAACCCAUGGGUAUGGGCAAAAUUGUCAUCCCUAGUUCACGUUUGAUCACUCUCCGUCCAGAUCCGUUAACUUUUGCUUACGUGACGAUCAACUCUAAAAAUUGACUAUUAAAUGUGUGACGUGACAAUUUAAAAGUAAUAAAAUUAUAUUUUUCAAAAUUGCUAUCUAAUUUCCACCUCAUUAUCGCUUUUAUUUAAAAAAACUCUAAUUUCUUAUAAUCUCAAUAUCAAUAUCCGCCGCAAAACCACAUCCGCCGCACGCUUCCGCCGGCCCACUACUCUGCCAUCCGCUGCCACGAUCUCUACGGAGACGACGACCCAUGGGAGAUCUGGCGGCGCCUCCAGUCCUCCAGCGAGGAACCCGGCGACGACUAUGCAUUCACCGAGCUCAAGAAGAAGGCAAAAUCCGGCAGCGGCGUGAACAAGAGAGCGAUUCGGAAGGUCGGGAGGAGCGGCGAGAACUAGCACGACGAGGACAUCAGGACCCUGUUCAAGCUAGUCCGCCAUGCUCGGUCGCCGAUUGAGCAGGAUGAGCGGUGGAUCGGUACACGAAAGAGGUUCAGGCGUUCAGCUACCAAAACCCUAAUCCCCAAUUCGCCGGCGAGAACGCCAAGUGGAUCCUCCACCAGUUCAACAUGAGAAGAGACGACGGUCGCAGCAGCGACGACGAGAGGGAAGUUGUGUGUAUGAUCCGCAACAACGGGUCUCCAACGGGGAACGCGAUUAAGGAGGCGGCGAGGCAGUCGGUUCUCGCCGAAAAGAAGAGGAAGCUCGAGGAUUACAUUAGGAGAUUCUACUCCUCCAGCGGCGGAUCUGAUGACGCUUCGACUUCUACUAGUAGUAGCAGCAAAAGAGUGUUGCUCCAAUUAGGUCCUGAAUCAAUCAUUGCAGCAGCAAGAGAAACAAGAACAAGAACCUCCCUUGAAUUCUACAGAGUUCGAUUGUUGAAUUGUGGAUCCCCUGCCUACGGUGGUACUGCCACCACAGCAACCAGAAGGCUUGCAAGCAAUCCAAGAAGAAGAUUUGGAUGAAUUAGAUGUAAUUUCGAGCAUAGAUACGGGGAAUUCGGUUGGGGAGAUUAAGGAUGCGGCGGGUAUGCUGCCGGCCGAGUAUUGGUAUUGGGGAUUAGAAGAAAUUAGGAAUUUUUUUAUUUUUUCUAAAUAAAAAUGUUAGUGAGGUGGAAAUGACAUGGCAAUUUAAAAAAAUUUAAUUUUAUUAUUUUUAAAUUGUCAUGUCACACAUUUAACAGUGAAUUUUUAAAGUUGGCCGCCACGUAAGCAAAAGUUAACAUAGUUUGACGAAGAAUGACCAAACGGGAACAAUUUCAAUAAACUAAAGUACCACUAAUGGGUUUAAAUAUUUCUAGUGACCAAAAUUAAACGUUUUUUGUAAUC